GCGCCCGACCUGCGCCGAGAAAGGAAGGAAGGCAAGAAAGAAGGAAGGAAGGAAGGAAGGAAGGAAGAGUGCCCAAGGCAAAAAAGCCUAGAGUCGGUCGCUCUCCCUCUCUCCCAUUCAUUGCCAUGGAGCGCAAGGUGGCCAGGGAGUUCAGGCACAAGGUUGACCUGUUAGUUGAUAAUGAAGCAGAGAAAGAUUAUCUGUAUGAUGUGCUGCGAAUGUACCAUGAAUCCAUGAAUCUUCCAGUGUUGGUGGGAGAUCUGAAGUAUGUAAUCAAUGAACCAAGUCGACUACCAUUGUUUGAGGCCAUACGUCCUCUUAUCCCAUUAAAGCAUCAAGUGGAGUAUGAUCAACUGACACCUAAACGAUCUAGAAAACUGAAAGAGGUGAGGUUGGAUCGACUACAUCCUGAAGGCCUUGGAAUAAGUGUGCGAGGAGGAGUGGAAUUUUCUUGUGGCCUUUUUAUUUCACAGCUGAUAAAAGGUGGCCAAGCAGACAGUGUUGGACUUCAGAUUGGAGAUGAGAUUGUCCGAAUAAAUGGAUACUCAAUUUCUUCAUGUACUCAUGAAGAAGUGAUUAAUCUUAUUCGCACAAAGAAAAUAGUGUCUAUAAAAGUGCGACAUGUUGGCAUGAUACCUGUCAAAAGUUCUCCUGAUGAACCUCUCAAGUGGCAAUUUGUGGACCAGUUUAUAUCAGAUCCUGGGGAAGAUAAAAGCAGUGUUGCUGGACUUGCAUCAUCUUCAGGAAAAAGUCAUAAAGAAAAGAAAGUUUUCAUUAGCUUGAUUGGUACAAAGGGCAUGGGGUGCAGUAUUUCUAGUGGUCCUACACAAAAGCCAGGCAUUUUUAUAAGCAACAUUAAGCCAAAUUCUCUGUCUGCAGAAGUAGGGUUAGAGGUUGGUGACCAGAUCGUUGAAGUAAAUGGAAUGGACUUUUCCAAAAUAGAUCACAGAGAGGCUGUGAAAGUAUUGAAAAGUAGUCAAACUCUGACUAUCUCUGUUGUAACAGGAGCUGGAAAGGAGUUGUUUAUGACUGAAGAAGAGAGGCAGAGGGAGGAGUAUAAUCGUGAAAUGGAGCGUCAAGAGCUGUUGCGUCAGAAGCGCCUUGCACUAGAAACCAAUAAAAUCCUGAAAGAACAGCAAGAGAAAGAGAAACUGCGAAAAAUGGAAAUUGCACAGAAGGCUGCUGAGGAAGAAGAAAGAUACCGUAAAGAAAUAGAACAAAUAAAGGCAGAAGAAGAGAGAUUUAAAAAACAGUGGGAAGAAGACUGGGGCCAUAAAGAACCCCCAAAACCGGCUAAAACUGUAGUUGCAGACGUACACCCUCCCCCUCGCCCUAAACAUAGACUAGAUUUAGAUGAUAACUCCCUUGACCAGCCUGCAGCAGAUGAUGAUUUGACUGGAAUGAAGUCGGAAGAGAGUCAACAGGGCUUCCAGAAAUAUGUGGAAAAUUUUGAUCCCUACUCAGUGUUUUCACCAGAUCAGCUUAUGGGGAAAGAUGUCCGACUUCUGCGUAUUAAGAAGGAAGGAUCAUUAGAUCUUGCAGUAGAAGGAGGCGUUGAUUCCCCAAUUGGAAAAAUAGUGGUAUCUGCUAUUUAUGAGGGGGGUGCUGCAGACAAGCAUGGAGGCAUUGUGAAAGGGGACGAAAUAAUGGCUGUAAAUGGGAAGAUUCUAGUGAAUGCGAAGCUGGACGAGGCUCAGGCAACUCUUGCAAAAGCCUGGAUUGUGGGUGGGGAUUGGAUUGAUUUGGUCAUUGCAGUAUCUCCUCCUAAAGAAUAUGAUGAUGAAAUGACGUUUUUUUAAUAACAUGGGAGAAAUCACACAUAAGGGUUCUGAAGAAAACCAGCACUUAAUAAGUACCUAGUCAGCCUUAACAAAUUGCAACCUUCUUGCAUGAGAGAAUAAGAUGAAGAUAUGAUCCUGCAAAUGAUUCAAGACACGUCUUGUAUUUGAACUCUGGAAUCAACAUGUCAUUUCAUUUCCUCCCUUAAUCUAUGAUCAAUGCCUGGUUUUGACUGCAAACAGUUGAAUAAUUCACAGUUCACACAGAGGCCAACUCUGAAAUUAUUUUAAGUGCAUUGCAUAUGAAAUUGUUUAGAAAUUGUCAUUAUGACAAAGGAGAGAUGCAUCCUUUCUCAUAAAGCAGAUAAGCCAUUCAGUCCUAUCUAUAUCUACAUGGAAGCAAAUAUAGUUGAGUUCAGCAGAACUGUAGUAUAAGAGAAACAAACCAAGAUUUGGCUAAACACUGGAAUCUGUUGUCAUGUAUUUUCCAACAUAAAACCCUGAUUUUUAAUGUCAAUUUAGCACCGAAUUUCAUAAUGAUUCAAGCUUCAGAAUGUUGAGAAAUUGGAAUCUAGUUAAUACUUUUCUACAUGUGUUUCAUGAUCAGUAAUGAUGUUUCACAAUAUCACAAGUCCCAUUAACUCUCAACCCUUUCCUUGCUCUUCCAAGCUGAAAUCUGGAUAGGGACGAUGGAGUGCUGAUUACUCCAUGUUGUUCUGUCCCUUUAUUGCCUUAUGAAGCACAAACUCUUCCUGUAUUAUUAGGGUAGCCUUCCCUAUUCUAGUCCUCUCAAAUGUUUAGACUGUAACUUCGAUCAGCUGGAACUCAUAUGCUCAAUUGUAAGGAAUCAUAUCUUGCAUUCUUUGCCAUUCUUGCAGUGGCUAAACAGAGACAUUAGUUUCCAAUUGGGACUAUAUUACCAAUAAUCAGAAUCAGGACUGAUGAUGAUAACAGUAAAAUAUAAAGUAAAAAUAUACAUACAUCAAUGUUAUUUUUAUAUAGCGUUGAAGCCAUUUGAAAUUAAUUAAAGCAUAUAUAAACUUAAAACAAUGGCAUCCCACCUUUUCAUGCCACAGAUCACCAGUAUAGGAAAUCAAUAGCAAGCGGGAACUAGAUAAGAGAGAAGAGGAAAGAACUUCACCCUGUUUAUUGUCCCAAUAAUUUGGCAAUAUGCAAUCUGACAUAUGAAGUCACAUUCCAUAACUAAUGAAACUUGUAUUGUUGAUUCCAUAGAAUCUCUGCAAUUUACUUUACAAGAUAAAAUCUCUUUUUGAAAACUGUCAUACUGGCAAAAUUCUAUUUCAGAAUGAAAUUGAGCAUGCCAUCAAUUUCGAUUUUAAUGUGUCAGACAAACCUUAAUUUGUGAACCAUUACUUAAAACAUUACUAAACAAAUGAGUCAACCCAUAUCUUCUUUGAGAAGCCUCAAUAAAUAAAUCCGUAGUUUUCACAAACACUUUUAUAGAAAUAUAUGUUAUGCCUUUCUGAAAAUUGAAGGAAAACGGACGAAUGUCUCAGCUUUUAAGCACCGUUUAAGUUACUGUACUUUGGUAAUUACCCGUAUAUACUCAAGUAUAAGCCGACGAAAAUAUAAGGCAAGGCACCUAAUUUUACCACAGAAAACUGGGAAAACUUAUUGUCUCAAGUAUAAGAUGAGGGUGGGAAAUGCAGUAGCUAGUGAUGAAUUUCAAAAAUAAAAAUAGCUACCAAUAAAAUUUCAUUAAUUGAGGCAUCCGUAGGUUAAAUGUUUUUUAAUAUUUACAUAAAACUGUAAUUUAAGAUAAUAAUAAGACAAAACUUAAUAAGAUAAAACUAUCCUACUUUGUUUACCUAUAUACUCGAGUAUAAGCAGACCCGAAUAUAAACCAGCCAAGACCCUCACUCGAGAAUAAACCGGGGAGGGCUUUUUCUGCUCUUAAAAAUGGCUGAAAAACUCAGCUUAUACUCGAGGAUAUAUGGUAGAUUAGGCUUUAUUGAGUAAAACAUUGAUGAUGUGUAUAGUCUGCUUUGUAUCUGCCCUGUAUCUGUCAAAGCCACAUCUAACUUCAGCAGUGAAUAUCACAUUAUCUUUGGCACUUUUUCUAAUUUACUAAAAUUUAAAGCAAAGAAGAUUUGUAAUGCUUUCAUAAAAGAUAGAUAAGACAAAUAUUACAGGUUAAUUGCUUAUUUGAGUUGCAUAUUUGUACAAAUAGAGUAUAUUCAUUUCUUUAUAUCUUUGUAUUUUUAAAAAUGCUUUAUUUUGUUAUACUGUUCCACUGUGCCAAAAUGUUCAAAUGUUUCCUAAUUGCUUUUCACCCAAUCAAGUUGAGAAUAAAAUGCCUAUUGCCAAAUGGAUGUAUUUACUGUGCAUUUUAAGAGCAUUCUGAUAGCUAUGAGUUGUUUAUCACAAUAGAAUCUCCAUGGGAUCCAGAAUGUGGAUUUCCUAACACUCUGCAUUGCAUGGAGAAUGUCAUCAUAUAGAAAGCGUAUACUCUUCAAAUGUUUGCUCUUCGUGUCAGGAGAGCCAUGAUGCAGGACACAGGGUUAACAAAUUAAACUCUUUGAAUGUUCAUUAUAACUACAACUCAAGCACCGAAAUAUGGCUAGGUGUGGCAAGCAGUAAUAGCUCUGCCCCCCUAUUUUUAAAUAAAACCUUGUGCCAAUUUUAGUCUUCCAGAAGCCCAUGGGCACUUUUCUCUUGUGCAUAUGUAGUAUUGUUAUGAUUAAUCAUGAUCUAUACUUGGAGACAUUGUUGCUAGUAUUUAGUAGUUAGGAUACUAUUUUAUUUGGAGGAAUCUUUCAAGUUUCUCACAUCAACUUUUUGAAGAGUAAAGAGCUGAUCAUAGAUACAAUACUAAUCUAGAGCAAUAUUUUCUCACAACUGUUAAAGGGAACUCAUGAUCCCUUAGGAAUUUCUUUUCCAAGAACAUCAAUGCUUUUUGAGCAUGUUCUCACAAAUCUCUAAGGAGAGGUGGAAAUUACAAGAUUCCUGUGGCCUCAAGAGACAUGUAAAUAAUAAUAAUGAUAAUGAUAAUAAUAAUUUGAUAAGUACGUAAUUUAUUUUGGCAUUCACCUCCAUUGGGAAGAUGCUUUGUCUGUCUGUCUUUAUGUCUGAACUGGGGUGGAGGUGUACAAAUGAAAACAUAAUCAAAAAUAUACCUUGUGGUGAGACUUUGUUAGGCCAGGUAGGAAAAAUAAUUAUGCUUGUUCUCUGAGCACAUUGGCAAAAAAGAAAAACAGCCCUCCACAUUUAGUGGGGUUAGAGACACAAAAUUCCCAUAAAAAUGAAAAACCACAAAUAAACACAUUGCUAUGUUCUUUAACCUGAGAAAACACCUAUCUAGUAAUGCCUAGGUCUUCCAGUAUGGUUAACCUCUUCUAGAAGCUGAACAUAAAAUUGUAUUUGAGGACCUAGAGCAGUGGUUCUCAACCUGUGGGUCCCCAGAAAUCCCAGCCAGUUUACCAGCUGAGAGUAUUUCUGGGAGUUGAAGGCCAAAACAUCUGGGGACCCACAGGUUGAGAACCACUGCCCUAGAGGUUCCUAGAGAGGUGUUCCCUCUAUACAGUCACACUGGAGGACCUAGAGAUUCCUAGAGAUACCAUUUAAAAUUAAAUUCACAAAAGCUAAAACCAUAAAUGGGGAGGGAUAACUGUACCAGGAAAAAAGGUGACUUGUUGGAGUCACACCCGUGAGUAACAUCCCAAAAAUUUGCAAAUUUUGUCUCAUGAAAAAGGGUGUUUUUCAAAUGCCUGUGUCAUGAUUCUGUGCCUCUUAGUUUGCCUAAUAAAAGUAUCAGAAGAAUGUG